UAUAGAAUCUGCCUUUGAUGGAUGGAAAUACUGCUGUGUUACACAAUAUCUGCCCGCACUUGCCAACUGUACGUCACCAUGUUCAACUUAGAAAUCACGCUUCCCGUCACGGAUCCGAGCAAGCACGAAGUACAUCCAAUACCGACAACUUUGCUCCUCACAUUGCUCUCUUGUGGGGCUGAGGAAUUCAUCCCUUUCCUUUCAUCAUCGACCACACGAACAUGAGAUGUUGACCUUGAUGAUCUCGGCCCCAUGACUACGAAAAUGUCACCUGGCGACGAACACGCAAAAUCGGACCUCAAGCAGCACACCUUGAAGAACUCCUCGGGUACGUCUAGUAGUAAUCCCGAAACACCUGGCAAUGUACGCGACCGGCGGCAUGCGAUCGAGUACGUAAAGAAUCUUCAAGCGAUCAAGAAAGCGAAAGAUGCAGCGCAGAGUCUUCGCGAGAAAGCCUCUACAAUCACCAAUGCGGAGGAACGGAACCGAGUUCUGAGUGAUGCAUAUGCCAAAGAAAUGGAAGCCAACGGUCUGAGCAAGCUUGCACAACGAAUGCAAAGCGGUCCGUGGCAGGGCUUUGCCGGUGGUGCAGGUAUCGGCGGCGCAGUCAGUCUUGGCCUUGGUACGGUUGUAGGCACUCUUGUUGGCGGAGUUUUGUCCGUUCCAAUGGUGGGUCUGGGUGCGCUAGUUGGCACAGGCGUAGGCGCCGUACAUGGUCCAUUUAUCAAGAUUGGUGGCAAGGAAAAGAGUUGGGAUGAGGCAAAUGCAGAAGACGUUGUCGAUGCACUCGAACAAGAGCAGAAUGGGAAGACGACAGAUGGGGAAAAGGUAUUAUGUUCCGCUCAAGCUGGCUCUAACGAAGCGGAGAAGAGUUCUCAACCGGAAAGGAAGAGUUCACCGAGGCAUGAUAGCUCAUUGUCAACAGGAAAAAAAUCAGAGCAAGAGUCAAACAAUGGGCACAUUGUUGAUGCAUUUACGCAGACUGUGGAGCGAAAGCGACCCAGGAAACUCGAGAGACGCCCCCGCGCGUGACGUGAGAUACAGUCAUCCUCAAGACAGCUCGCGCGAACACAUUGCCUGAUCCAAUACUUCAGUAUCCUC